AUGAAGGUUACACUCUUCAGCAUCGCAUCUGGCCUGCUAUUAUGUGGAGCAAAGGCUCAGGACUACCUUGACCAAUCUCCUGCCUUCUCCCUGGAGCUGCUCUCGGACGACACUGAUCUCAAUGGCGCCUUUUUGAGUGCAUGCCAUGUUGGUGCAGCACUAGAACAGCUCUGCAUCCUGGGCGGUGACUCAACCAGUCUUCUCGAUGCAGAAGUCUUCUCCUUCAACACCUCUAGCUCUGAUGAUGGCCAGCAAGCGGAGAAUCCCGGACUCGUGACAUUCAGUCUCCCUUACACGGGCAGCAACGGCAGUGCCACAGUCUCUGAGCCUCUUGGUAUCUUCCCGAACAUCGGCGACAUUCUGGCAACGGUUGAACUCACUCCCGGCGGUAUUGACGGUUCCAAUGGCGGUAGCGUUCUCGCCUUCGAUGACGAUGAGUUGCUUAAUGUUCCAUGGAGUACUGCGGCAACUGACAGACCAGCCUUCUUGUACAGCUGGUACAUUUGCAACGCCACACUUACCUUCUAUCCUACCCUCUACUGGGUAGUCGGAUCGGGCGCUCCAAACGAUCCCACGUGCUGCCCAGUAAAUGUGACUCGAGUGUGGAACAAUUAA